AUGCCAACCUCAAGCCGAGGGCGUAGGGCCCCAGACGCAGCAACAGACCCCCUCGAAGAGGGCGAGAAAACCAAGUGCGAGGCUCCUCUGUUGAGUGCAGAGACAAUCUCGGUGUCAGCAGACCAGCACCAUGAUCCCACGCAGGAUGACGGCGGACCGGACCUUCUGGGCCUUGCACAACUCAUCACCGACCUGAAAGAGGUUAUCCUCCAACAAAGCAGUAUCAUCGCAGACCAAAACGGCGGCAUCGAGAAGGUCCAAACCGAGCUAGCUGAAGUCAAAGCAGAGCAGCGGGCCCUACAAAGUCAGAACCUGGAACUUCAAGAGGAGGUGCGCUCCCUGCGGUCACAAAUCGAUGCAUACUCCCACAUCGGCCCCUUCCUAUGCAGAUGUGGCACGAACCCCGCCGAACAGCGCGCCCGCCAAUUCGACACUUCUAGGGUGGUGGGCGAGGACGCCGAGAAGGUUUCCGUGGGAGCGAUCAGGACGAAUGUGGAAAAGGAUAUGCGAAACACAAGCGAACAGACCAAUUGGCGCUGCCGGGCAGUGACCAAGGACCAAAAGAACCCACGCCGAGUUAGGAUCGCCUGUAGAAAUGAAGCCGAGCACAAAGAAGUCAAACGGGUGAUGGAAGCGAACCUGGUAACAGGAAUGCGUGUCCUCCGGGACGAUCUCUCCCAUCAGAGUGGACGGUGUCAACCGCACGGCAGUCCUUGA